UGGCCCCCAGAACAUCUCUUAGAUCAGCUCGUCCAGAAAUCUGCUGGAUUGUUCAUAUUCGCGACAACCGUAUGCAGAUUCAUCGAAUCUCCAGGUGACAGAGCAGAACAGUUAAUUCAGAUUGCCAGUGCCUCCGAAAGCCAUAACGAAGGGGAAUAUGGUUUAGACCAUCUUUAUCGAAGGACCAUAUCCUCUGCUAUCGAAAAGCUUCCCGAUUCAAAAGUCAACAAUCUUCGGACAGUAUUAGGCACUGUCAUCCUUUUACAGGAGCCGAUGACGCUGCGUAGUAUCUGCCUUUUACUAAAAGUGACCCAAAACCAUGUGGAAGGAAUGCUUUCUCCCUUUCAUUCUGUUAUUGUCGUUCCCUCAGACGACCGUGACUUUGUCCGUCUCUUUCACUCUUCUUUCAGAGACUUUCUCACGUCGAACACUCGC